AAAAUGGCGGCUCGUUGCUAUGAGAGUUGAUGAGUACCAACUGUCUAAAAUUUGUACGAAAAUAUAGAAAAAUUCAUUGAUUUAUUUAACCGAAAAGAUAAUAUGAGCAAUAAACUAUCAAGCAAGCCAUCAAAGAGGGACAGACCUAAAUCUACAGACAAGUCCAAAGGAAAGAAACAAAAUGCAGGAACACCAGAAAAGGUUGGCAGUCCAGUACCUUCGACAAUGGCUGUCAUACAGCCAGACGAAAACAGUACUUGCUCAGGCAAAGUAAUCUCUGGAGGUGACAUCGAAUCACUUGCGAUAAACCAGGAAGAACUCAAAAAGGUGAGGGCUCCAAGAAAACCUGACAUUCCUAAACCAUCUACAAGGAUAAUGGUGAGAAAGACAAGGGUAAAAACACCACCAGAUGAUACAGAUCACGGUGGAAAAAGGGUAACUGUUGCAAGACCAGCUCCACCUGAUGCGCCAUUAGUUGUUACACCAUUGACUGGUUCUACGGGACCAUCAUUUGACAGUGAAGGACAAGUCUUGUCUCACACUAUUCUGGGUUCCUGGGAUGACUUUUACCAGGAAGCCAUCAACAGGGGAGAUAUUGAGAACUUGCCUCCAUUUUCUGGAUCAUUUGUGCAUGCAAAAGAAAUCAGGCCCCACACAAAACCAGAGAAGAAAACAAAAGUGACUUAUCCAGUACAUGUGUACCAAACUAAGGUUGAUGAGAGUAAAGCAUUGUUAAACUACCAAAAGCAAAUGAUGAAUAGGAAACAGCAACAGAAGCAUCUUUCAGAUUCCCUUCAAGUUACAACUGACAUGCUGAUUAUGAACCAGAGUGAUGAUUACAGGACGAUACAAGAACAGAGACAUGUGAUUGAUAGGGCAAUUCCUUCUUUGGAUUAUGGUAAAGGAUAUCGUGUUGGUAGUGAGUUCUGGAAACAAGUACAACAAGUUGGUAAUGAUGAAACGGGAAUCAUGUCAACAUUGACACAGACAGAACAAGGAUACCCUCCUCCUAUUGAACACAUUGGAAAACCAAUCUAUGUCAAGAAUGAAAUGGGUAUUGAAUGGUCAAACACUAGGUGUAAGUCUGCUGUCCACUAUCCUUGGCAUGAAUCAAGGUUUCUCCAAGAAAGAACUGAACAACUAGCACAUGUUAUGAAUGAAAUAGACCCUCAUCAGCCAUACAUAGAUAACCUAGAGGUGAUUGGUACAAAUAAACCUGUUAUAGCAUCAAAACACAGCAUGUCAACUGUACCUGAAGAAGAAGAACCUGAGAGCCAGUUACAAGAACAAGGGGAUCCAUUGCGGAGCUAUUCAGAUGUCCUACCUCGUCCUAUCCUUGGUCCUUCCUUGACUAUUGAUGGUCAGACAGCACAGUGGACUGGUGCUACCAACAACGGCCUGGGUCGUGUGGGUGUUUCUUGUAGAGUCUUAUUUGAAGCUCAUACGAAUGAACGUUGUGUUUCACUUUUGAAUAUUUGCAAUGAUGGCACAACUGCAAUAUACUACUCUUGGAAGAUGAUUCCAAAGGCAAACAAACUGGGUACUCGUCUGGCUGGUUCAGUGCAACGUUUCUAUUUCGAUACCAACAGUGGAGUUAUUUUACCUGGUGACACCAUGAGGUUUCCUUUCAUUUUUAAGUCUUGCAAUCCAGGAAUUUUCUCAGAGACAUGGGAACUUUUGACACAGCCUGUGUUGUGUGGUGGUGCAGCAUUAAGAAUCUCACUUCGUGGUACUGCAGUAGAGGAAGAUGUUUAUGCCAAUGUACGAAAAGAGAUAGAAGAAGACCUCGCUCAUAGGCAAGCUGUAGAAGCAGCAUAUCGUAUUCUAGAGGAGAUAUUAGAUGGAGUAAGAACACCUGAGCGUGCCAGGUCUCCUGUCGACGCCUAUAUAACGGAAGAAGAAAUUUUCUCUCGAAAGAAUGAAGGGCUGUACUUCCAUGAUGAGGUUAUAAAUGAACUCAAAGUUCUAUACUCUGAAUUGGAGCCUGAUGAAGAAUGGGAUCUUUCUUUAUCACAACUGCAACAGCGUAUAAUGGUUGUUGAGGAAGAUGAGCAACGGGAGGAAUUGUUGCAGAAACUAAACUUAUCAAUGGUGACAAUGUCCUUCCCUCCCAUGAAUCCUGUGAAGCAAGCAAUGUACAAUGCAACAUAUCAGUUAUUGAGUGAAAUGGUUGACAAUAUGGUAAACCAGUCAGGUAUGAUUCGCAGUGUGUUAGGAUUACCUGAACGAGACAUGGUGGAAAAUGUAGUGCAAGAAGAAGACAAAAAAGGCAAAAAAACGACAACUGAACCUGUCAAGCCUGACAGCAAGAAAUCUGACAGAAAGGAUAAGAAGGGUGGCAAAGCAGAUCAUGAAAGACCAGUUUCUACUCGUUCAAAGUUGUCUGCUAAAAAGGCUGGCAGAGGUACAACAACACCAACUUCACAACCAGCAAAAUCAACAAGUGAUGCUGAGAGACCUGUGACCCCAGCAAGCAUAGAAGAACCAGGAAUUGAACAAGUUGAUCCAGUUCUUGAAGUCAAGUAUAAAGAAAAACUCUUUGCUCAGGCAUAUUCACUGGUACUUGAUACAUUCUCUAAGUUGGAUGUUAUAUUAGAUGACAUCCGAGCACAUGAUGUGACCAACAGCAUGGAAUUCCAAAGGUCAUGAGCUGUGAAAUUAAGUCUUGUUUAUACAACACUGUACAAAAUAAUGGUUUCCUCUCAAUAAAUGUGUUUCUUGGAAAG